UCCAUGAGUACAUCCAUCACAUCAGAUUUUGCUUAUUUGUUUGCUUGUGAAUGUUAAAAUUGGAGGCUUGAAACUUAUUUUGGCUUUGUAGUUAAGGGGUAUCUGUCAAUCAUGAGAAAUUCUUAAACAAAUGAUUGAAGAAAAGAUAUUUUCAUACACAGACUCUGUAUUGUUCUUUCUAGUUUUCAGUAAUAUUCUCGAGAGCUGUCUUUGAUUGUUGUUUUUGUUGUUGAUAGUUGGGAUUUUGCUUUAUUUUCUUUUUCUGCCACUGCCCACAAGCAUAGAUUCUCUCUAUGUUGCAUAUCUCAGACCCUGCUAUCUUUCCUAGCUGGGUGGCUCAAGAAUGGAUGAUUGUGCUCUUUUCUGCUUUGAUUCUCUCUGUUCUUGAAAAGAUUUUCUGCUUUUUUUUGUCCUUGUCUUUUUUACCCUCUGCUUUUGAUGGAUGCUUCUUCCUUUUUGAGUUUUUGUUUGGUUUUAGUCACCCAUAUAUAGCUGGUGUACACACUAUAAUAGAUACUAUCUUUCUGGGUUUUCUUCAUUGCAGCAGCUUAGCUCCUCUUCACUCAUUUAUUGCCAUAGGUGGAGUGUUUAGUUCCUUCACCAAAAUGAGCUACCAACAACAUCCUUCUAUGGGUUCUGGUAGUAGAACUGUCAGAAGAACUUUUGAGUUUGGAAGGACUUAUGUGGUGAGGCCUAAGGGGAAACAUCAAGCCACUAUAGUCUGGUUACACGGUCUUGGUGACAAUGGAGCCACUGAUGGGUACAUAUUGCAGAUUAAAUGGAUUUGCCCAACUGCUCCUACUCGUCCUGUGGCACUGCUUGGUGGAUUUCCUUGCACUGCAUGGUUUGAUGUGGGUGAGAUCUCAGAGAAUAGUCCAGAUGACUGGGAAGGUUUAGAUGCCUCAGCAGCACAUAUUGCAAAUUUACUUUCAACAGAGCCUACUGAUGUUAAAGUUGGUAUUGGAGGCUUCAGCAUGGGUGCUGCAACAGCAAUUUACUCUGCAACUUGUGCGGCUAUGGGACGAUAUGGAAAUGGCAAUUUGUACCCUAUCAACCUCAGGGCUGUUGUUGCACUAAGUGGCUGGCUUCCAGGUUCAAGGAACUUAAGGAACAAAAUAGAAGGAUCACACGAUGCUGCAAGACGUGCUGCAUCAUUGCCAAUUUUGCUUUGUCAUGGAACAUGUGAUGAUGUAGUUCCUUAUAACUAUGGAGAGAGAUCUGCCCACUUCUUAAAUACAGCAGGCUUUCGACAUCUCACAUUCAAACCAUAUGAUGGACUUGGGCAUUACACAGUUCCUAGAGAAAUGGACGAGGUUCGUAAUUGGCUCACAGCAAAACUGGGCCUUGAGGGAUCGCGCUCAUAAUCAGAUCACAGAAUCAACUUGUAGUCAGAGCUAGUAAGGAGUAAGAACAGGGAAUAAUAACAUGGAAAGGGAAAGAAACGGAUUUGUACAAGUAGGUAGUACAUAGUAUGGGUAUAUGGUAUAGAUAAAUUAACUUUCCUAAUUCCCUUUUAGCUUCUUUCCUGUCCUGAAAAAUAAAGCUUUGGAUGUGAUUUUAUUUAUUUGGCUGUUAGAAUUUAGCAGUAGAGAUUCUAGUCAAUUCUGCUCGUGGAGCAUUUUGUAUUACUUUAAUGUUCAAUCGACUAGUUUUGUUCAGCAUCA